UAGCAGUGGCAGGUUGUUGAGUUGUAGUAAUCUGUGGUAGUAAUAACCUAAAAAAUGCACGUGUGAUUGUAGUGGAUCUCAAAAUUGUUUAAAAUUUUAAUUCAAUGACAGAAGUCUCGAAGUUCUAGUUUGUGUUUGUCGCGAGUUAAUUAAAACUAGUAUUUAUUUGAUAAAAAUAAGUACUUACAUUAGCAUUUAAGAAUACAAAGUUUUUUUAGAAGCAGUUACCAUACCAAAAUGCCUUCUCAAACCAAAGAUGUACAGUCACCUGCAGAAAAUAAGUUAUUGCCAGAAAUUGACGAUGGCAAAGUUAAGAUGAAGAAGCAUAUGGGGCUAUUAGAAGGAGUUGCUAUUAUUUUAGGAAUUAUAUUUGGCUCUGGUAUAUUUAUUUCACCAAAGGGUAUAAUUCAAGAAGUCGAUUCUAUCGGAUUUUCGUUGGUGGUGUGGGUAUUAUGUGGACUUCUAUCUAUGAUAGGUGCUCUUUGUUAUGCUGAACUCGGAACAUCGAUUCCAAAGUCUGGAGGUGAUUAUGCAUACAUAAACGAGGCAUUUGGUCCAUUACCCUCUUUCUUAUAUCUGUGGGCAGCUAAUAUCAUUUUCGUGCCCACAACGAAUGCUAUAAUGGGUUUAACGUUCGCCAAAUACGUCAUACAACCUUUUUUCCCACAGUGUGAUAUGCCUGACAUUGGCGUCAGGCUAGUUGCAGCAGCCGUCAUAUGUGCUCUAUCGUUUCUGAACGGUUACAACGUGAAGGCAACGAUAAAAUUGCAGAACGUCUUUAUGUUCUGCAAAAUCGCAGCAUUGGUGGGUGUUAUACUUAUCGGGGUUGUUUGGAUGUCUUUGGGUAAUAUGGAUAAUUUUAAGAAUUCUUUUGAGGGGACAACCACUAAUCCGGGCAAAAUCGCAAAGGCUUUUUAUUCUGGCAUAUUUUCAUAUUCAGGGUGGAAUUAUCUCAAUUUUAUGACGGAAGAAUUGAAGAAUCCGUUUGUUAAUUUACCGCGCGCUAUCUACAUCUCAUUGCCGUUGGUUACUGGCAUUUACGUGUUGGCAAAUAUGGCAUAUUUAUCAGUAUUAAGUCCAGAUGCGAUGGUAUCGUCGGAUGCUAUUGCGGUGACUUUUGGCAACGCUGUGUUGGGAAAAUUUGCAUGGAUCCUCCCCAUAAUGGUAGCUAUAUCAGCUUUCGGAGGCCUAAGUGUACAUAUCAUGACCGCCUCAAGAAUGAUGUAUGUCGGCGCAAGAGACGGACAUUUUCCAGUUGCCUUGGCCCAUUUAAACAUCAACAGGCUAACCCCAGCUCCUAGCCUCGCCUUUCUUUGCUUCUUGUCUCUACUUAUGUUGAGCACGAGCGACAUCCACCUGUUGAUCCAAUACUGCUCGAUCGUGGAGUCCUUCUUCGUUACGUUGUCGGUAUCAGGUCUCUUGUAUUUGAGGUGGAAGAACCCCAAAAUGAUAAGACCCAUUCGAAUUAAUAUAUUCGUACCUAUACUGUUCGUUGUGUUGUGUCUCUUCCUCCUAUUUCUUCCACUUGUCGAGUCUCCUUUGAUCGUGUUGGGCGGCCUGCUCAUUACCCUCUCGGGGAUACCGUUCUACUAUUUCGGAGUGAUUUGGAAGACCAAGCCAGAAACAUUCCAGAGUUUUAUGAGAAAAAUAACGCUAAUUAGUCAAAAAGUGUUCAUUGCUGCCCAUGAAGAUGAAUAAUAUUUUAUUGUUGUGAUUGUACUUAAUUAUCGGACCAGAGUAUUGUUUUAAAUUAUUGUAUUUAUAUUGAAAAAAUUUGACAAAAAUUUUAAAUUUAAUUUAUUCAAAAUGCUAGGCUUUAAAAAGAUUUCAAGUUAUGUUGUUUAUUGGCAGUAUUGAUAUCUGGCAUAUACAGGGUGUCCCUGAAAAGAAUAGACAACGCUUGACCACAGGUUCCUUGGA